GCUAGUCCAUCACAUUCGCCGUCGCCGGCGAUCAGUUGACAUACCAUCAUUACCACCGGUAGGAUAGCUUGACUUUCCCCGACUUUCCUCACGAGCUUUCAAAGUCAUGUGGAUCAAGGAAUAUCUGGUGGCUUUACAUGGGGUAGUAUGAGCUUGACAUCUACCAUGUCUACGGUCACCAACAUGCAGACUCACCCAUCCUACCCCGAACUAACCCGUUACCUUUCCAAGUACCCGUCGUCGGCCGGUGCACUCUUCCAGACGUUCAACGAUAUAACGUUGGCCCAGAAAUGGACGAACGUCGAACUUGCAGACUUACCCAACUGUCAACGAGCUGCUAUUAAAGGUCUCCGACCUUCGUCUGACGACGGCGAACUCCCGUCUACGUGCGUAGUCCUCCCCUGCUCCCUCGCCGAGUCAAUCAGCACAUCUUAUUUCAGUGCUGCGUUCACUAGCUUGGGCGAGAGCGCGUCAAAACAAAUAUAUCUCGCGAUUUGCGCUGAAGACUCUUCUACUGUGUACUACAAAAUCAGCAAAGGGAUUGUUAAACCAUCUAUCUAAACUCCCGCAUCACGCGUAGGCGCAUCGUCUCAGCAGCCGGGCCGUGUUACUAGUCGACUGAAAAGACAUUACCACUUUCGGGCAGAGAUAUGAAUAGUUACAUAACAUUAGUGUACAUGAAUGCAAAAGCAUUUGUACUA